ACCACCAGCACCACCACCACCAGCACCACCACCGCCACCACCACCAGCACCAUGGUGGGGCCACACCGCCAGCUGCGCUCUGGGGCGACGCGCCACCUCUCCGCGGGUGCGCCUCUCCAUCCACCACCACCACCGCCGCCGCCGCCACUGCUGCUGCUGUUGUCGCUGUCCGUCGCCGUGGUCCUGGCGCCGCUGUUGCCGUCGGCGCUGGCCCAGAACGACACGGAGCCCAUCGUGCUGGAGGGCAAAUGCCUCGUGGUGUGCGACUCCAACCCCUCGGCCGACUCGGCGGAGACGCCGUCGCCCUUCUCGGGGCCCUCGUCGCUUGGAUUCUCGGUGCGCUCCGGCGGUGCCAAGGUGGCGUUCUCCGUGGUGCGCAGCACCAACCAUGAGCCGCCAGAGAUGAGCAACCGCACCAGGGUCAUCUACUUCGACCAGAUCCUCGUGAACAUGGGCAACAGCUUCGAUGUGGAGACGGGCACCUUCUCCGCACCGCGCAAGGGCGUCUACAGCUUCAGCUUCCACGUGGUGAAGGUGUACAACAGGCAGACCAUCGAGGUGGCGCUCGUGAUGAACGGCUGGGCCGUGAUCUCGGCCUUCGCCGGAGACCAGGACGUGACCAGAGAGGCGGCGAGCAACGGCGUCCUCCUCUCCAUGGACAAGGGCAACCGCGUGCACCUCAAGCUGGAGCGGGGCACGCUCACGGGCGGCUGGAAGUUCUCCACCUUCUCUGGGUUCCUCGUCUUCCCGCUGUGAUGCGGACCCCGCACGCGAGGAGGAGGACGUGGGGGAGGAGGAUGAGGAGAGAGAAGACGUCCAUUGGGCUGAGGGGCAGCGACUCUUGGUUGGGAUUGCGAUCACGUAGUGGCAGCAGUGACGAUGGAAGCGUUUUAUGAAUUGCCCAUUAAAUAUUCAGCGUGUACAUAAUUGCGUGCUGUGUUAGGAGCCCGCAGUGCCCACAGACGCACGCACACGCAUGUCAACACGCGUGCGGUCACCAUACAGACAUCCCCAAUUACACGCGUGUGCGCACACGUAGGCACACAAUACAUGCGAGCAACAAAGGUCCCCCGUAUAGCCUUGACAGGCUGUUGGGGCAAGUGCUGUUUGCGAGCACCUAUGAAAGCCGGCACGGCACUGGAGGGGGUGGGUGGCCAGCACCACGCCUGGCCGCCUUUGUCUCCCCCAACGCCGAUGUUUACAGACGAUGAUACCAGGUACUCAUUUGAGUGUCGGGGAGGCCUAAGACUGGAUACUCAAGUACACAAACAGCAGGAUGGCCACUUAGCCGUAGAGCUCAUCAGAAGAAGUGCCUGUGACAGUCAACACUGAUAAUACACACAGCCACAAUACACACAGACACAAUACACACAUCCACAAUACACACAGCCACAAUACACA